UCCAACUCCAAGCCGGCGUCAUGGCCUCUUCCACCUCCCAUGCCGUCCUCCUCCUGCUCCUCCUCCUCCUCGUCCUCUUCGCCUACCCCCUCGCCGCCAACGAGGAGAAUUCCGGCGUCAAGCAGUGCGGCUCCGAGUCCCGCAGCGGCUCUUGCCAGAACAAGCACGAGGCCUUGCGUUUAAAGCUCAUCGCCAUCGCCUGCAUCCUCGUCGGCAGCUUGGUCGGCGUCUGCCUCCCCCUCGUCUCCCGGUCGGUCUCCGUGUUCCGUCCUGACAGCAACCCCUUCGCGCUCGUCAAGGCCUUCGCGUCGGGGGUGAUCCUCGCCACCGGCUACAUGCACGUGUUGCCGGACUCUUUUGACGAUCUCUCUUCCGAGUGCCUGCCCGACCAGCCGUGGCACAAGUUCCCUUUUACCACCUUCGUCGCGAUGAUGUCGGCCGUGUUCACGUUGGCCGUGGAUUCCCUCAUGAUGUCCUCUCGUUGUAGGAGGAAGGCCUGCUGUGGGGCUGAGUUUGGAGAUCAGGAGAAAGGGAGCCGUGCGGUGGUGCCCGUGGCCCAUGGCCAUGGGAACGGCGCUGUCAUCCUGUCUGAGAAGGAUGGAGUACUGGAUUCGGCGUUGCAGAGGAACCGCGUCAUUGCUCAGGUACUGGAGCUAGGAAUUGUGGUGCACUCUGUGGUGAUAGGCCUCUCGAUGGGCGCCUCUGAGAACCCUUGCACCAUCAGGCCUCUAGUGGCUGCACUCUGUUUCCACCAAUUGUUUGAAGGCAUGGGCCUCGGCGGUUGCAUUCUCCUGGCGGAGUAUAAGUUGAAGAUGAAAGCCAUACUAGUCUUCUUCUUUGCCACAACGACACCAUUUGGAAUUGCUCUCGGGAUUGCACUCACAAACGUUUACCGUGAGAACAGCCCAACGGCUCUCAUUGUGGUUGGGCUACUGAAUGCCUGUUCAGCCGGGCUUUUGAACUACAUGGCAUUGGUAGAUCUCUUGUCGGCGGAUUUCAUGGGGCCUAAGCUGCAGAGCAACGUUAAGCUUCAGAUGUGGGCUUAUGGAGCAGUGCUUUUGGGAGCUGGUGGCAUGUCUGUCAUGGCAAUGUGGGCUUAAAGUAGCAGGACUGUUGUCUUGGUUUGGGUUUGUGAGAACGGCAGAACUCAUCGCAAACUUCUGCAGUGGAGCCAAAAGUGGAUUGUACGGGACUGUAUCCCUCAAGGUCCUGAGAUUUCAUCUGGAUGUGGUUUAUAAGUUGUUACUGUAAUGAUGAUGGCUCAUUUGUUCUAAAUUUUGUUUUUUGGGCUCUAUGUAUGUUUCCUAUCUGUCCUAGAAAUCUAUAAAUGAAAGGUUUCAGGAAAACGGUAGGAUGAUAUGUAUGGCAUCAUUCAAUUCAUUGCACCAUGUUAUAGACAAUUUUAAUUCCCUCUAUGUGUUUAUU